AUGGAGAGCCUCCAGCUUUCUCAGGUGCUCGCCGACCUCAGCAACCUCGGCGCUGCUGAACCCCAAGCCGCCGCCGCCAUCGUCACGGUGAACCUCCCCUCCACGAGCAACCAUACCGCGACCGACGCCCAAGCAUCCACCUCCCACUCAACGCCUUCCGCUCAUAACUCACGACGCCCCUCGGGCAUCCAGCGCCACUGGUCCUCAGAGGGCAAGUUUGACAAGUUUGGCCGCCGAAUCCUCUCUCCCAGUUCUCUGCCCGGCUCAGCUGGCAAUUCCAUCCCCGGCACUCCUCGCCGUGGUGAAUCUGAUGUGAGGCGCCUCCACUACCUGUCGCCUCCUCGGCGUAGUUGGGAACUGGCUGCUGACAAGGCUGCCAUACAGUUUGAAGAUGACAUCGACCGAGCCUCGACCCUCAUAACCCUCUACGACAUUCGAUCCAAGAUCAAGCAGCAGGACAACAGCAGCCUGCUCAAGGCCCGCGAGAAGAUCAACGCCCUCGCUGCGCGGCAGCAGGCUCAACAGGCCGCCGAGCGCAACAUGAAGGCGGCCGACGAGCUUCGACGCCAGCGAUACUCUUUCCCCAGGGCUGGUCUCUAG